GCGAGCGUGACGGUUGCGGCACCGCGCCGCAUAUUCAAACCCGAAAGUACGAUACAAGUCGCCAAGAUUUUCGACCGCCAGUAUCACUCACCCUCCAAGGUGUUGAAGUUGGAGGACGACCCUUGGGGGUCAUGUGCCAUGUACUCCCCGGAUAAGAUGAAAUCCGGUGGGGGGCUCAUGGCUCCGCCCGGCUGCUUCCCAGGCCGGUACAGUCCCACGUACCGUAGCACCGACCCGCGGCGGUGCGUGCCCAAUCCAUCCAGUCGAAUACUGGAAGAUGCAUCCUUGAUGUGUAACUCUUGGUCGCCACGGCACAAUGGUGAUUUAUUCAGCGGACUCAACGAUGGGCUCCUCAGUAGGGCAGAAGCGUUGGCAGCAGUGGACAUCAGCAAACACCAGUCAGGUCCCCAGCCAGGCCCGCCGCUGCCGCAGCUCAAACACGACAUGGUGUAUCACCAUGGAGUUGGUGGGCCGCCUCCUCACAACGCCAGGCCGCAUCAGCCUUUUUUCUCGCAGAUGGGACACCACGGGAUGGAGGGGCUGGAUAUGCUGGAUCCGCUGACGUCGUCGUCGAUGACCACCCUCGCGCCGAUGGGCGAGGCGGCGCCUCCGCACCACCAGCUGCACGGCUACGGAGCGAUGAACCACGUCAUGAACCACCACCACCACGCGGGCGGCCUCGCGCACGCUCCGCCGGCCCACCUAGGCCACCCGGCAGCGGCCCUCCACCCAGACACAGACACAGACCCGAGGGAACUCGAGGCUUUCGCGGAAAGAUUCAAACAGCGACGAAUCAAACUAGGUGUCACUCAGGCCGAUGUAGGGAAAGCGCUAGCGAAUUUAAAGCUACCCGGUGUGGGUGCGUUAUCACAGAGCACGAUCUGCCGCUUCGAAAGUCUCACCCUAAGUCAUAACAACAUGAUAGCACUAAAGCCUAUACUGCAAGCGUGGUUGGAAGAAGCAGAAGCACAAGCGAAAAACAAACGGCGGGACCCCGACGCGCCGAGUGUUCUUCCAGCUGGCGAGAAGAAACGCAAGAGGACGUCGAUAGCCGCGCCGGAGAAGAGAAGUCUCGAGGCGUACUUCGCAGUGCAGCCCAGACCCUCGGGCGAGAAAAUAACGGCCAUCGCGGAAAAGCUGGACCUAAAGAAGAACGUGGUGCGCGUUUGGUUCUGCAAUCAGAGGCAAAAACAGAAGCGCAUGAAGUUCGCGGCGCAGCACUGACCGGCGGGAGGCGGCGCGGCGCUGCUGUACCCGAGCUCCGGGUACGGGUACUGAGCCGCCCGCACCCCUAGCCCUGGCCACCGUCGGCCACCGCGGGCCACCGCUGGCCACCAUAGGCCACCACCGGCCACCACCGGCGCCCCCACCCGGCGACCUUUCGUGAGCAAUAAAGAUCUUGUUUCGAUCGCAAUCCUUCGACACUCCCCCAAGUCAAAGCAACUUAGUCAUUAGUGUAGAUAUGUAUAAACCGAAUUGUGUUUCUUUUUACACUUUUACAAUGACUUCUUAUAUAUUUUUCGAGACACAGGGUAUAUAAUUGAUUAUAUACAUAUCAUUACAAUAAAUAGAAGUCGCUUCAUCAUACAUCGUUAUGUUCUUACGCGCCGCGUUUUGAUGUUUUUGGAGCAUCGAAUAUGUACAUGAAAAAUUGAAAUUCAGGAUUUUUAAGAGAAUGUGCCUUGCAAAUAAUCAAUAUUCUGUGUUUAAUGUUAGUAACUACAUCGCUGCGUGUCGCAGGAAUCGAACUGGACACAAAAAUGUGAGGGGUCCUCUCUGAUGGACACCGAGCAACGCAAUAGGACACUAUCGUGUUUAGAUUAGGCAGGUAACAUGCGUCAAUGAACGAUUAUGUUUGAGAAUGAUCUCGUAUCUACCACUCCUACGUCACGACACGACACGACACGACACGACACGACACGACACGACGCGAACUAUCUUCACUGUUUACGUGCAUGUUACUCGUAUCUAAUCUGUACACAGCCUAAUGUUUAUAUUGUACCUAUUGAUUGAAUCAUUUGUUAAUUAUGUAUGUAUGUUGCGUUCUUAUAUUAUUGAAAUUGUACAAAAUAAAUGUAAGAACAUUCUGUCGCGUUUAAGUUAUAGGAUAGUACUCGAAAGUUUAUAAUUGCGUUUCAUUUGUUCUGUAUUUUAUUUAUUUCCAAAUUAUAACAUUUCACAAGAUGGCACAAUUUUAGAAUAAGAAGUUAUUAGUGACAGUUAGCCAAAAUAGUGUUAAUAUUCAUUUGUAAAUAAAUCACAUUUCAAUUUACAACUAGGCAUUAGUUUAAAUACGUAUAGUUACUAAAUUGAAAGGAAUUAGUACAACGCAGAUGGGUUCGUGCAUUAACAAUUAGUUUUUGUUCACUUUAUUUUUUCUUUUAUUAUUUCACUGGAUUAUAUUUCUUUUUAUAAAUUAAUUUAUUAUUAUAAUAAACAAUAAUAAAGAAAAAAAAUUAGAAUAAUUUCAUUUCAUUUAAAAUUCGAAGUGAAAAAUAUAAAUUCGUAAUGAGAACAAUCGAAUCGUUUAGAGAUAAAUCGAUUUGCAUGAAUCCACAUAAAGGUGGUAAUGCACCACACAGCUUAAGAACAAAAAAAAAACAUUAAAAAGUUUGCGAAUUAUAAAUAAUAUUUUUAAAUGAUAUUUUGUAAAUAUAGUAUUAAAGGAAUUAAGUUAAUAAAACGUGCAAUUUAGACCUCGGUAAUAAUAAUUAUUAAUUAUAAUUAACUGCUAGGAAUUUAUUGUCAAUUAUGACAAAUAAAUACUACUUACCAAAUAUUAUGACGCUUUAUUCUCAUUACUGAACUUAGUCAUAACUAUAAUUUUCUUAAAAUAAACAUUCGUAAUGUCAACAAUUUUCUAUACUUUAUAAUGAUAUAUUAUAUAUUAUCAUAACUCUUGUUAUAUAUAUAUAUAUAUAUAUGUAUUAUGUAACAAGUAGUUUUAUUUUUGGCAAAACACAUGACAGCUAUAAUUUUGUUUUAUUUUUUAUUCACUUUUAUAUAGACUUGUUCUAAUUAAAUUAAUAUAAAAUCAAGUUUAUUGGGAAAAUAGAAUCUCGUAUUUCUAUUUUAUCUACCAUUUUGUGAUCAAUUACGGUUGACUAUCUACGUAUUUAUUUAUUUCUUACUAAUAAUAAUAAUAAUAAAAAAAAAUGCCUAUUUUACAAUAUGCACAGACAUGUUUAAACCUGGUCAGUAGGAAAUUUUUGUGAAACGUUAUUCUCUACAAUGCACUGCAAUAUGUGCUCGUGAUUCCAACCAACUGUUUAUUUAAUUAAGAAAAA